AUGGGUCUUCAACGGCAUGUUAGCGGAAGUCUGAAGCAAACCAAUAAAAGGCACAAGGGAGGAAGAAAAAGGUCUGUUUCCAUUAAUUCCAACAGUGGAUUGGGGGUCUCAAAGAGAGCGCUCUCGAGAAGGUCCAGAAAGCUUCUUGCUAAGCAGCAGCGGCUGCAUAAGACAAAAGUGAUUUUGGCAGCUCAAAAGCAAACAGAGGUACCAAUUACGUGCUUCUUACUGCCGCUGUCCAGCAGUAUCGACUUGUCACUAGCAAAAGUGAUGCUUGCUAAAGGUGAUCCAAAAGCAAUUAAACACGGAAUAUUUGAUAUUGAUUCACUGAAGUACUCACACAAGGCAGACUAUCUUUAUGCCUCUACCAUCAAAAAGCCCUUCUGUUUCGUUAGUGGGAAUUACGGCGACCUCUUUGGAUGCCUAGAUCUUGCACGCAUUGCAGACUGGAUUAUAUUUUUUCUCCCAGGAGAUAUGUCAAAAAUUGACCCCGAUUUUUACUCGGAAUUAAUGUCAGCGCUCUAUUCACAGGGUCUCCCGCCUUCAGUUUUCGUUGUUAUGUCGAAUAUUUCGGAUAGAAAAGAACUUCUUUCUAUGAUUCAGACGAAGUUUUCAGUCAGCGAUGGUAAAGUGCGCGCUUUGAACUCGACUGGCGAUGCGCAAAGUCUCCUUCGCUUCCUCUCACAGUCGCAGAAGAAACCUACGCUUUCGACAGCUAAUAGCUAUCUGGUAACAAAAAAUGCACUGACAGCUGGAACUGCUGCUACACGCCUUCGUAGUGGGAUGCUGGUGGAGGCGAUUAGCGUUAUGCCACAUGAAGAAAAUGAGGGUGAAGUCUACUUGCGUUUGGAAGGAUUACUUCGUGGAUGGGAUCUGCCACUCUUUGACCUUGUAACAUUCUUCGCUGACCAACGGCGCGCAGGCUGCCCCCACAUGCACAUAACUGGAUGGGGUGAUUUUCCACUAAGAUCGGCCACCUGGACUGAGUACAAGCCCAAUAGGAAGCUUCACCAGCCACCUCCACGGUCUUUCAACUGGAGGGCCACAUCUGGACCGGACGAAUAUCUGGCUGAUGCGCUCAGCACUGCGUGGAAUAAUUUGCAAUUAAGUGAUGAUGAGGAUUAUGCAGAAUUGGGCGAAUCUGAUAAAGAUGAGGAUCGUAUGGUGGUUGAUGAUGUGGAGGGGGAUGAGGAGGCCAAGGUUGAGUAUACACCUUCGGAUUCUGACAAUGAGUCAAUUUAUUUCGACGCCAUCGACGGUGAGGCUGCAUCAAGUAAGGUGGUCUCCUUCAACACUGAAUCAAUCGUUACUGCGAUUCCCGCCUCCAAACCUAAAACCGUGGCAGAAAAAAUCAAGGCAGCCAAAACCGAACUUCAAUUUCCUGACGAGGUGGAAACACCCUUUGAUGUACCUGCGAGAGAACGUUUUACAAAAUAUAGAGGUCUCCCCAGUUUCAGUAAGUGCACAUGGCCAACGAAUAACGAUACCACUCUUCCUUAUGAAUACGGCAAAAUAUUCAGAUUUGAAAACUAUACUCACAAUCGCAGAACCCUAAUUAAGCACACAUUGAGAUUAUUAAGACAGCUUGCCUCGGAGACGACCAGUGAGCCUACCUUUAUUCCGUCGGGAUCUAUCACGAGCCUCACCUUGGGUCCUGUGCCUCAGACGCUUGGUGCAGCGGUGAUAGAACUCCACACAGAUCGUAAUCAGUCUCGGCCUCUUACUGUGUGGUCUCUGCUGCCUUAUGAACGGUGCAUGUCCGUGCUACAUUUGACCAUGCAUAAACGCCAACCGGAAUUCGAAUCAGCGACGGAUGAAGACGCUAAAGGUGAUAAAUUUGACCCCGAUCCCAUCAUGGCAAAGGAACCCAUGCUAUUCCAGGUGGGCAUCCGACGUUUCACAGCUUCGCCCAUCUAUUCUCAGACCAACAAGGCAGCUAACACAAACUCCAAGAUGGAGCACUUUUUCACCCUCAGUUCCUCACCCAUCGUCGCUACUAUGUACGCGCCAGUCGUCUACGCCCCGCAAACCGUUCUGCAGUUCCGUAUCGAACCUGCUAAGGAUAUUCCCAAAAUGGCAGUAAGUCGUUUGGUAGCCACCGGCUCUGUCCUCUCCGUCGAUCCCACAAGGGCCAUUGUCAAGCGCAUUCUCCUCUCAGGCCAUCCCUACAAAAUUAAUAAGCGAUCGGCCGUCGUUCGCUACAUGUUUCACACGCCAGAAGAUCCCAUUCAACUGUACACGAAAUCCGGAGCCGUGGGUCACAUAAAGCAGUCAGUGGGUACACACGGUCUGAUGAAGUGUCUGUUCGACCAUCAACUUAGCGCUUCUGACGUCGUCCUCAUGCCGCUCUACAAGCGCGUCUUCCCCAAAAUGAACUUCGAUCCCCAAGUAACACUGAAGGUUGCGGAGAUCAAUCCGGCUGGCCGAUCCGAGGCCAUCCAAAAAACACAACCUGUGGCGAGCAUCCUCAAGUCCGGGAGGCAUCAACAAGAAGCUGAAUUUAUGCGCAGCGUUAAAUUGACCCCUGAUGAAGAGGCCUUAUUUGCCUGA